AUUGGAGGACGAACGAGCGCGUGAUCGAGAGCACGAGAACACAGCGUCACAUUUACGCCACUGUAUUUACAUUCAACUGUUUACACACAACACAUAUCAGAAGUAAAGCAUAUGCAAAUAUGCAAAAGUGAAACAAGUGAGACAAACGUGCCGAGGCACCAGAGUCCAGGCACUGUUUACCAGUUAGCUGCGUUAGCCGUUAGCUGCGUUAGCUCUUUUAGCGCCGUUAGCGCGCCUACAGUCAAACUGGAGCAGUCUGUUUAUAAAACAAAAGGAGCAGCGCUACAAAUAACCAGCGGACCCGUGUACUACAUAUGUGGUAUGUGUGCCUCGGUUUUUAAAGUUUAGCGUUACUUUAGAGACUCAUUCUAACAAAUCGGGAGUCACGUAAACAUGACAUCACGCGCGUCUUUUCCCGGUCAGUCCUCAUGGAAAUGCGUCAUGAGUUAACGCUGGUAAUGUGCCCAGCACAAGUUUUUAAUCUUAUACAAACUACAAAUGCAUUCCACAAGUUUGAUGAUGUAAAAUAUAAAGUCUGAGACAGUAACAUAGAUCACCUGAGGUCACCUGACUGAUGCAGCAUGCAGGUACCCUUCAUCAUCCUCCUUCUCAAUGCCAGCACAUGUCUCCCUCACGUCAUGUCAGAGGACAUGAAGACAGGAACAGCAGUUACAGCAGCAACAGAGAGACGCUGAGAGCUGUGCUGAGGACAUGAGAGGAUACAGAGGCAUCAAGUACACGCUCUUCAUCUGCUGCUACGUCCUCUGGGUCGUCAGCUUCAUCCUCAUUGCUGUAGGAAUCUACGCUAAAAUGGCCAAAGAGAAAGAUGUGGUGGACACACUUACCUUUGACCCCGCUCUGCUGCUGAUCGCCGUCGGCUCUGCGAUGUUCCUCAUCACGCUCCUCGGAUGUUUCGGAGCUCUGCGUAACACCACCUGUCUGCUGAAGAUGUUCCUCGGGAUCCUGGUGCUGAUCCUGCUGCUGCAGAUCGCAGCUGGAGUGGUUGCAUACGUCUUCACCGACAUGGUGAUGGAGAGGACGGAGCGGCUGGUGAUGAAGGCCAUUGUUCAGUACAGAGAAGACCGGGACCUGGAGAACGCCAUUGACUUCAUCCAGAAGAAGUUUCAGUGCUGUGGCGUCCAGACCUACAAAGACUGGUCUCAUAACGUCUACUUUGACUGUUCAGAGGACAAUCCCAGCCUGGAGAUGUGCGGCGUCCCCUUCUCCUGCUGCGUCCAACUGCAGAACCAGACAGUGUUAAACACCAUGUGUGGUUAUGGGAUGCAGCAGCAGGACGAGAGUUCGGCCGCUCUCGACGUCUUCACCGUUGGCUGUUUGGAGAAAAUCGUGUCCUGGGCCAAAAAUAACCUGCUGCUGGUGGCAGGACUGACCGCAGGUCUGCUGCUGCUGGAGGUGUGUAUGAUCGCUCUUGCUGCUGCUCAGAUUUCCUGGAUAAAGAAAGUCAGAGGACGAGAGAAGGACAACGCAGACAGACCGCAGUGGGACAGGAAGGACAGUCUCUGGUAUCCUGCGUUUGCAAACUUUGACGAGGACGAGUUAAACGUUAUGAGGACACAUGAUGUGACGAACAGUGGGACAUGAAAACGACCUCAUCAUGACUGAAGGUCACUGAAAGACCUUUUUAAAUAUUUAGCAUGUUUUAUUUUAGAAAAACAAUAAUAAUAGUAAUGACACUUACAACAAUAAAGAUUCAUAGAAUAAUCCCUCACGCUGUCACCGAUGAACUUCAUAUUAUGAUACACGUUUGUAAACCACUCACUCUCCCACACCAAAGUCCAAAGAGAAAACCAGUGAUUUUAACAUCACACACACAGGAGUUGUUGAUCCACUGCUGCCUCCAUCACUAAGUUCAAAUGUCUUAUUUUGUCACUUCACUGUUUGAAAUCCAACGAUUGACCACAGUGACACACAGUGACCACACGAGGCAGCAGAGGACCAGCAGCUCCUGUGUCCCUGCAGCUAAAAUCACUGAUUUUCUCUAUGAGGUUUGGUGUGAGAGAGUGAGCAGCAACGACUGAAUUGAAAUACUUAUAAAUGACUGUUUUCAGUCAACAGUUUAUUUUUACCCUGCGCUCAUUAAUCCAGUAACAUGAGCGUGAGGCUGCACGAGACUCAAUCCCUGCGACGACACGCAGCCACAGGUGCCUGAGCUGAUAAUCCUCCAGAUUAAAGUCACAAUGAAGACACGAGGACUGAGGGACGACAGUGAGGGUCUGCUGUCUUCACUGAAGACACUGACAGGACUGUCCACCAGGGGUCAGAAACAUGUCUCUGAACCAUGUGGAAAAAUCUCAGAGCACACACACACACACACACACACACACACACUGACAGACCCACACACACACACACACACACACGCACACACACAGACACACACACUUGUGUUAAAGACAGAAUUCAGUUUAUUGUUUAGUUUUAAAUGAAACACAAAGAUGUUUGAUAUAAUUUGCUAUGAUUUAAAAAACAACAGUGAUGUCAUGGAUUAACUCAGAUUAAGGCUCUGAUCAUUUAUCAGUGAAACAUAAAUUAAAGGAGCACUUCAUCAAAAACAACAUUUGAAAGUUUUCAAUCAUGUGACGUUAAAUGUUUUUUUUAAAUGAACAUAAAUGGAUGAUGAUGUCACCGUUAAUCUCUAUAAUGAAACUAUUAAUCUGCAGCUUUGAUAAAAAUAUGU